CGUGGUUUUUGCUAUGGAGGCCAAUUCGAACUUAGGUACAUUUUGAUAUCAAAAUAAUGUCAUUCUGUUAUCAAAUUCACGUGUGCAUUUCACUCGUCCUUGGCCGUACAUGUUUUGGCAUGAGCGAGACAAACGGGAGAAUGAUAAAAUGACAUAUUUUUUACAACAAAAUGUAAGUUCGGAUUGGCCUCAUAUGUUAACGGCACCGAUCAUGGGACAUUUAAGCAGCUCUUUGGCUCUUCUUUAUGGUAAAAUUUUGUCAGCGUUUAAAAACUGAUGGUAAAUACAUAAAUACUUGUUUUACAGGAUUUGUCUAUACCAUCCCAUUACUCGUGGCUGUUCCAUUAUAGGGGUGUUUACUAUGUAUUUUUUCUAGACACAUGCUUCACAGGCGCUAAUGUCCCAAAGAGUCCCAACUCUAAUAUAUAUAUUUUUUUGUAUUUGUGUCAUUUUAUUAACAUGCUGGAUGGUUUGAGAGACCGAUAUUAAGAAGAAGAUAAGAAAUACAUCUCGAAAACCAAAUACCAUGUCACUUUGUCCGUACUUCCUCUGCAUAAGGCACGUUUCAUAAAAUGCGGGCUUAUCACAUACAGCUAAGCCAGCACUAUUCAUUGGUGAUUUGUGUGUACCUAUAGAGUUGUCUUCUGAUAUGAUAUCGUAAGAUCUACUAAGCUAUCUGCGGGUCUGUUGUGUUGUGUCCAAAGCUCAAAAGCCUCAGUCGCCUCAGUAGGCGCACAGACGCGCUGUCGUUGAGGCGCGCCAUCGCCACUCGGGCCGAACACGCGGAGUUUGUUUUGUUUAUGGUUCACAGUGUUUUUUUUUUAAUGAAACGACAAUAUAAAUUUAGAGGGCAAUGUGCUAAUUAGGUUUUAAGUCUCCAUUUGCAUAACGAGCAGAAAAAAAUAUAGCCUGAAAUGGUUUACAACAACCUCAUAAUGCCAAUCAAAACUUGGCUUAGGUUAGUGUUUGAAAGUGCAACAAAUACAUUUUAGUUUUUGACUAAAAUGAGCAUAUCAGCUGAAGUGACGCAACUGGGUUCCAUUUCUACCAUUUGGGUGGCGGAUUCCCAACGCUGAAUUAAAACACAUGAAGUGAAUAGGUAAAAUGUGCUUGAAAGUGCAAUAACAACAAGAAAUAUGAACUAAGUGCAAAGAAGUGGCAGUGAGAUGUGGCCAGUGUUUUGAACGUGGAAUAUUUUUGAAAAUGGUUAGGUGGUUGUGGCUAGCGGCUCUGUUCUGCGGGUCGCAGGCGGCAGUGCUACCGCCGCCGUGGGCGGACGUGAGGAAGAACCCUUGUGCGUCGCAUCCGAGGGGCUGGCUGAUGCUGUACUGGCCUACGGAUGGGAAAUGCUACAUGAUUUAUAAGAAAGGCCAUCCCUGUCCAGAUACGCAAGAGUUAAGCCCUGGACGAUGGGGAGGACGCACCAUCGCCGAAUGCAAGUGCCCCCCUGGCACUGCGCAGUUGCCCCUCUCCACAACCUGUUACCGGCUCUUCGAGAGGGGACCUUGCCGACCCGGAGAAUACUUUGCUCCGGUGGAGGAAUCCUUCAAUAAGAGAGGCGAACGGCAGGGUAUGUGCGUGCGUCCGCAACAAUGUGCCGAUGAGACCUUGCUGCACUGGCCGGCUGACGGGCGCUGCUAUUACCGGCUGAGCCAGGGACCGUGCUACCCGGGUUCCAUACUUGACGUAGGCAGCGACGGCGUCGCCAACUGCACGUGUGCCUCCGAUGGUCCCCACUACUGGGCCGCAGAUGGGGGCUGCUACGCGCACUACUCGCGGGGCCCCUGUGAGCGCGGGCAGCUCUUCCUGCCCGGCGGCCGGUGCGGCUGUGACAGCCAUUUGCCGCACUACCACAAAGGGACCGGCAUGUGCUAUGAAUUAGACACAAUCGGUCCAUGCCCUAAAGGUCACGUCUUCUCCAUCUCUGAGGUUUCUCCCCAAGGCUCCAAGGCCGAGUGCCAGUGCAAGGCUUUCCAUGCGCGGGCUUCUGACGGGGCGUGCUACAGGCUCUACACUAGAGGGCCCUGCGCUAACGAUGAGAUGAUUGCGAGGGGCGGACGGUGUACUAAAGUGCCGUGCGCACGCGGGCGGCUGUACGUGCCGGAGCGGCGCCGCUGCUACCGGCCCGGCGCGCCCGAGCCGUGCGCCGCCGGCGAGGUGGUGGCGUUCGACUUCGACGCGCGCCCCGCGCUGGACGGGCUCAGCCACAACGGCGUGUGCGCGUGUGGCGGCGGCAACUGCGCCAGGCGGGAGGUGGACGCCUGUGAAACGCGGAGAGGCGCCGCGAUAUAUGGUGGCGCGUGCCACAUGCUGCACACUCAGGGCCCUUGUCCGCAGAACUCGUGGCUGGUGCGUGACGGGCCCGUCACGUGCCGCUGCCGGCCCGGACACGUGCCGCCCGACUGCCGGCCCGACACCAGGCUCGCUGUCAAAAGUUGACGCUCGAGUAUGAUUUGAGCAGGACGUCGAUGCGUCUCGUGCAUUCUGCCGGCUACCAGCUCGCCGUCGGGACUUCAUGAACGAUAUUUAGUGUCUAGAGUAAAGCAAAAGUUCGGGCAUAAUAGCAUACUAGCACAAUUUGUGAAUCUUGACAAUGUUUCAUGUGUGCUCAUGUUAAGUAAUCGAAUAAAAGCUUAAUACGAUAUUGAGCGCUAACGUGAGAGAGAUACCUAAUAUUAAUAUUGUAGAUAUUUCUCAAAUAAUUUUGAAUAAGAUAUUUGUGACUCGCAUGAUGAUACGACUCGGAUAAAAAUCAAAUGUAGUUUUUUUAGAUUUAAGCAUGUACAAGAACCUCAAUAUGCAGUCAAACUAAGUACUUAUAUUUUCGUUGGUUAGGUUCGUAACCUUUUACACACUGUGACCAGAAUGGAACCUCAAACCACUCCGUUCGAUCGUUUGUCUAUUUGCAGGCAGAUUUAGAUUUUUGAUAUUGGCGGUAGGCUCUCAUUUUCAUCUUUUGAUGUGUUGUGAAUGUAUUUGACGUAGGGUAGCCUAAGAGCGGAUGUGCCACAAGACCGGAUACAUACAAUUUUGCACGAAAGAAGCGACAUUUUUCGCGGCUGGCAACAUAGUUUUGUCCACCAUUUUGUUCUGCCCCUCCCUUCAUACCGCGAAUGGCGUUGCUAAAGACAGGUCGCGUGUAGCGGAGCUGACAAAAAAAAUUGCCAUUUUUAGUAAAUUUUUGGCGAUCCGGUCUUCAAUCCAAAAGUUCGUUGCAAAAUUAUGGUGAGUAUUUAUCAUUUUAUUGCUUUUUAAGUAGAAUUCUGUGUAGAAUUAGCAAGUGCUCUCCAGGAUUGUAUACUUGGUUUACGCCUAGGACGUCUGUAAACAAAGAUCCGGACUUUUCUCCCAUUGCCAAAGUACGGACUAAAAUAGUCCGAUCUUAAAGCACUAAAAAAAAUGCAGUGGUUCUCAAAAUUUUCAAAUAGCGCUGGAACACUAAACCUGUCAGGCAGCCAUUUUUACUUCCAUCAUUUAUCUGCAUGGGUUCUGAAUUAGGUAUAUAGUGUAAUUAUAUUUAUCUAUGAGUUUAGUUCAGUUCAGCCCUA